GACUGACAGCCUGCGGGCCCGCACGACUCGUCCCAGGGGCCUGCGGCGACUCAUUCCGCCCUGAUGCUGCGCACUACCUCUGUUGCUAUCUGCCUCUUUCUUGAUGUGCUGGAUGGCGAAGCUCGUCGCGCUCGGCCUCGCGCUGGUUGUAGAUGCUCUGCUAGUCGGGGCAUAUCAGCAGCAGCCUCUGGCAGCCCCGAAUCACUCGACAUCAUGGCUCUCCAGACCAUGGGACGAACAACUCAGUGAAAACGCGACGGGGAAUCUUAUCUUCCAGUCCUUAGCCGGUCUUAUGCAGAUGAAGGCGAACUCGAAGCAUCCAAAUGGCCAUGCCAUCAUUCGCGCCACCAUUCCUCCAGGCACUUUACUCUACCAUGGCCGGCCCUCAUCAGAGUACCCUGUCCAAGACUGGAUUGCAUUCGACCCGGAGCAUUCGGCUGUCUUCGCUGGUGGCUCGAACGGCACUCUUUUCACCUUCACGGCGGCGCGUGAGCUCACGCUCAUCUACUUCGACGGAUGCAGCGCCAAUAAGGUCGACGGCGUCGUCGAUACGCAAGACCUGCUUUUCUUCGGCGAGCUCAAGCACAAGCAUGAGGGCUGGUGGGGCGAGCUGGAGCGUAUCGAGGACGGGUGCGCGUGGGCAAAGCAGUAUGGGAUUGUUGGGUUCAUCAGGAUGGAGUUCGACUUCGAGAUCAUGUACUGCGACUUUUCAGACGGUCUGGAGCUCGUCUCUGCCAUGCCGUUUGUCAACGGCCGAGGAGUGGUCCCGCGUCCUCCUCGAUCACUAGACAACGCCGCUUUGCAAGGAUCCCGACCUGUGGGAGGCCAGCCAUCUCUCAAUCUCAGUGACGUUCCCUCUAAACGCGCCAACACAGAAGCUACUUUCCACGGCCUGCGGAGAGUAGACCAACUAGUGAUUGAUGCGGAGAAACCGAGAGUUCCCGUCCCGCCCCGGAUCCCACCUCCCGGCUGGAAAGGCACUCUGCCCUCCAUGGGCUGGGAAGCGAAACGCACCGGGUCAUGGCACAACGACUUCCCGGGCGAGCUACGCGUACGCCCCGACCCCUCUACCCUCGUUUCGUUCUUCGACCCCUCUCUCACCUCUCUCGUGCAAGCGCGGCGCACCUUGACGCGCGACGAGUAUAACGCAGGAAAUGCCUCGCGCGAAGACAUCGCCCGCGUUCGCGCGGAUGUGGCCGAGGUGGCCGCGCGCGAGCCUAGGACGGGCAGCGACGUGGACUGGGUCGGCCUGGCGCGCGUCAUCGAGGAUCGGUUCGCGACACGACUGCCGUACCUGCAGCACUUGCUGCACCAGCCCGUCGAUAUUGUGAACGCGUGGGCGCGGGCGGCAGCGGUGCGCAAACAGCUGAUCGUCUCGCUCAUCCCGUACAUGCACGGCAGCGCUAUCGGCACGCCGGAGUGGUUCGCUGACAUCGCGCGCGAGUGCGCGGAGCGGUUCACCAGCCAUCUCCCUACGUCGAACUUCACGAAACAAGAGCAUGUUUUGUACCACGCUGUGGAUGAGGUCUUGCAUGAAGUCUGCCGAGUCUACACCGGAGCGUGGGUGGAUGCGUUUGACGUGGAGACCAAGAGUCCAUUUGUCGCAAUGCGCUUGUUGGACAAGUGGCGCGAAGAGUUCGACACGUUGAUCGAGUGGCUGGAUUGGCCGGUAUGGAUACAGUGCCGUCCUGCCUGUGAAGUAGAUGAAUAUUGUUACGUGUCGCAGGGUCGACCGUGGGCCCCGUCCGAGGACCACACGCCGCGAUGUGUACCAAUGGAAGACGAGACGUUCUGAGUGCUUGACGCUUCUGACUUGAUUCGAGAGGGCUAAUCCGUCCGGAUCUGUCGUGCUGAACUAGGCUUACAGUCGUUGCAGUCAUCGCACUGUGCUGUCAUGGUACGUGGCUCUUUCCGUGACCUGUACAGCCAGCUUGCGUCCGUGCUGUUCCGAAUUAUUCUAAGGCGAGCAGCACCCAAUGCUUCACUGAGUCCGACAUAUGCAUUCAAGUUGAGCAUCACGUCCGAAGCAUGCGCGGCGCGUAGGUAUAGAAUGUAGACCACAAGGAUUGUGCUCUCCUGUAACCGUAGUCAAACGCAUGCCCGACCGCCGGCAACUUGUGAGAUC